AUGUAUAUCCGCGCCACUCACGCCGAGACAGACCUCCGUGUCCUUCGUCGUCUCAUCCACGAAAACCCACUCGGAAUGCUUACAACCGGAAUCAAAUCCCCAACACACUCGUUUUUACAAAGCAGCCAUAUUCCAUUCCUCCUCGAUGUUCAAGAUGAAUCAAGCGAAACCGAACUUGGUCGUUUAAGAGGUCAUCUGGCACGACAGAACCCACAGAGCAAAGCCAUGAUAGAGCACUGUACCUCGAACCCUGGACUCAAAAGCUUUCUUGAGGACGAAGUUCUUGUCAUUUUCACCAAGCCCACACAUCAUUAUUUGACGCCAAAAUUCUAUACCGAGACGAAACCUGCUACAGGCAAAGUUGUGCCUACAUGGAAUUACGCUGCAGUGCAGGUCUACGGGAAAGCGCGAAUCUACUACGAGAAUAACGAGGAGACAUCAAACUUUCUCGGCAAGGCUGUUUCAGAUCUCACAGAUAAUAGCGAGACGAAGAUCAUGGGUUAUACAGGUGGCGAUAGACCUACACAGUGGAAGGUCACGGAUGCGCCUGAGAAGUAUGUUGAGUUGCUCAAGAGGAAUAUUAUUGGGAUUGAGAUCGAGGUGACCAAGCUGGAGGGCAAGUUCAAGAUGAGUCAGGAGAUGGGAAAGGGCGAUCAGGAUGGGGUUAUUAAGGGUUUUGAGAGUUUGGGAACUGAAGCUGGCGAUGAUAUUGCCAAGAUUGUUCAAGAGCGUGGGAGGUGA